GAGGCGGGGCCAGCGCGAGGAGGCGGAGUCCGCGGGCGUCCAGCAUAAAGGCGGCCCACCCGCACGGACUCCGCGGCGCUGGAAGCGGGAUCCUGCGUGCGCUACAAGAUUCAGUAGAAAAUGGGGAGCAAAGGAGGCUUCACCCUGCUCUGGCUCCUGAUCAUCCUUUCCGUCCUCUGUGACUCAGGUCAUGGCUUGCGGUGCUACAACUGUCUCAAUCCAGGGGGUGAGUGCAAUACCAUCACCAACUGCUCCGUUAACCUUGAUGCAUGUCUCUUUGUCAAAGCCGAGAUGUGGACAUAUUACCAGUGUUGGAAUUUCAAUAACUGCAACUACGAAUACCUCUCAAGAAACUUAGGAGAGAAGACUCUGCAGUAUGAAUGCUGCAAGAAGGACCUGUGUAACAAAAGCAAUGGGACGAGCGUAACAGGGACCAUCACUCUGCUGGUGACUUCGCUGCUCACGGCAUUCUGGAGACUUUUCUAAGUCAAUACCAGGAGACAUUCUCCUCACUCCCUGCUUCUGUGUAUUCCUUAUUCCCUGUGCUGCCGCAAAAGCUUCCUAUCUUCUUACUGGAUCCUGUUGGGAAAGACCAAAACUAGCUUGAGCAACUUGGAUAAGAGAGAGGGGAGGAGGAGAGAGCGAGCGAGCUGGAAAACCAGUCCUGUUUGCAGAGAGGAAGCUUAGGAUGGAAGCCCGUGCCACGUUAGCUGGGUUAGUUGCAUGCUGCUUCCUUUGCACUUUGCAGUAAUAGCUUGACCAGACUCUCUGUAGUUGGCACUAAUUUCCCCGUGUAUUCCUUGGACGUAUUAUAGUUACCAGUAUGACCAGUGCUUUUGUUGGGGGUGGGGGAUGCUUUUCACCAAUCUCUUUCACGGGAUGCUCUCACCCCCUCCUUUUAUGGCCCCUGUGUGGCCACGUAGGCAUGUUCCAGAUGUGGGCUGUCAGGGGCAAGGAGAGUCUACAUGCAGAGCGACUGGAAUGACUGCUUGUAUUCUCAACUGGAAAGUGACUGGAGGCAGAGGAGAUAGGCUUUCCGGGUGGCAGGGCACUAAGGCCCCAGGUCUGCCUUUAGGAGAAGUACCAGUAGCUGAAAUCUGAAUUCUCUUCUUCCCCUAAAUUUUGUACGGGCUUUGCUGUCUUUCCCUGAAAACAACUUAAACGCUCAACGAAUGGUGUGUUUAAAACGAUUCCCCUCCCCCUUUCACUGGAAUGAUGGAUAUUUUCGCUUUGCCACGUAGUUCAAGACUAAAUAUUCGGAUAUGCUUUGCUACAAGGGAUUUACAGUAUCGUGUGCUUUGAGUAUUGUCAGUGGGAAUACCCGCAUGUGGACGUGGACUGUAAGAAUGCAAUGGGAAGGUGUCAUCACGAACAGGCCCACAGGAAUGUUCUGCCUGCUGACGUCAAGCCUGUUGACUCCUAGCUGCCCUGGCACAGACCAUGCAAUGCUCAUUUGUAAGGGCCGUCAGCGUCCUCACAAAUGUCAAGACUUUGAGAAGCUCUACCAGUUUCCUAAAGAGAGAGAGCGCGCGCGAGACCUCUUUUCAGGAGGGCAAAGUCUUGCCUUUUUUUGUACGUGUGGAUUCUGGUGAACAAUUCUCAAGAUCUGAUAGACUUAAUAACGUUUAUAUUCUUAUAACCUUGUCUGCUUUUAACACCAUGGCCUGACUUGCCAAUGAAAGCGAGAUUUCUUGAUUAACAUUAAAAAAAAAAAAAGGCCUUGAUUAUGUCAUCUGCGAAGAUAAAGUGGAACAAAUGAUGCCUUUUUGAAAAUAAAAUGUAAUCAAAUGCAUGCGUGUGGUCAUUGGGCCCGGAAGGAGGGCAGCGUGCCGGAUGCCAGCACAGAGUGUGGGCGGUGCCAGUUGUCUCCUGUGGAUGCCAUAGACAAAUAAAGACUUCCUCACCCAGA